AGAACUGUCAUUAAUAACUUUGAUUCUCAUCUCGCCGUGCCAAAGUGUCGCCCGAGUUGUCAGCCAAAUUAAUUGGUCAUCAUUAUGACGGUAUCGCUUUCGUCUGCAUUUCUUUCAUAUUCAUACUGCUGGAAACAUCGUCAAAGAUAUCAGCGACUGAUGUGCCAGUCACAUUGUUUAUUGAUUCUUCAAUAACAAAUGGAGAUGCAAUCUUCAAUCAAGCAAAAGAAGAUGUUCUUAAGUUUUCUCCAAAUGUCACUUUAGAAAAUGUGGUUCUUAAAAGCGGGUCUUGUGGAAAUUCAGAGUCAGAUACUAAGGAUAUAUUUACAUUUUUUCAAAACUAUCAUUCAAAAAAUUAUAGAAUUACUAUGGGACCAACAUGCUCCAGUAAUUUUUUACGUUUCGCCAACCUCACAGCUGAAAUGCAAUCACUGGAAAUCAAUAUUCUGAAAGGUUAUCCAUACGAACAUCCUACAAUGAUUGAUAUGGUAACAAGAUCCCCUCAGAAUUUGGCACAAAAUCUUGUAUCACUUCUAAGAGGUUUUGAAUGGGGACAAGUUGGGGCUGUACUCUGUGAAGAAUGCUAUGAAGGUGACGAGCUGGCCAGUGAAAUAUACUUUUCUACCAUUGAAGAUAUUUUUGAAAAUAAUAAUAUUGCGUUGAAAGAGACCGUAAGAAUUGGAAAAAGAGAGAACAGUGUCAAUAUCUCUGAUGCAAUCACAAUUUUUGAACCUUCUGCAAGAGUUAUUCUCUUGUUUCUUGGUAACAAAUUAAAUGACUACACCGAAUUUAUGACAGCUAUGAGUAUGAAUAAUUAUACAACAGAAGAGUACACUCCAGUGAUUGUAAUCUCAAAAAAUUCAUUGGAGCUCACAUUCCCGUGGAAAGAAAACGAUGCAAUUGCUGAGUUGUUCGAUAAAGCUAUCAUUGUUUAUAACAAUUGUUAUGAUAAAUCAAAGAUAUCAUCGUUCCUGUCUUCAUACUCAUUUUCAACCAUAGAAGAAACAAUAAUUUCUCUUCAAAUGUACGAAGGAUAUCAUCUACUCGGUUAUUAUCUAUAUACAGCUAUCACAAAUACAACAUUGUUUAAUUAUGUUCAACCAGAAAAAGCAAUAUCUUCAAUGAGUAUUCCAGGUCCAUUCGGAGAGAUUUUUAUCAACUCAAAUGGACAGAGAAUUGCAGGUUACGAUGUUCUCGUAGUCGACAAAUCACUAAAUUCAAAUAACUUCAUAAUGCCACUCGGCACAAUAUCAACAGAUAAGAAAUGCCCUGAUCAAGCAUGUCUGAAUUUUGUCUUAAACUCGACAUCUUCAUUCGAGCCAUUGAAGGACGUGCCGUUAUGUGGUUUCCAUGGAGAGAUUUGCGAUCAGACUGGUGUGAUCAUUGCAAUUGCUGUUAUUAUGGGUGUUCUAUUGAUGUUUAUUAUUAUAUUAACAACAAUACGGAAGUGUUGCAAUGGCAGCAAAGGAAGAUCAAUCAGUAAUCCAUGGGUAAUCCCUUUUCAGGAUGUUCGUUUCAUUGACCUCACGAAUACAGAAGGGAGUCAGCAUAUGUCGAUUCAAAGUCUGCAAAGAAAUAUGGAAGAAAAACAGAGACUUCAAUCAUUGGCAAGAACAAAACAUAUUGCUACAGUAGAUCAAGUUUAUGUACUUGCUGAUAAAUAUGUAAUGCGUGACAAGCUGAGAUAUGAUAAAAUUGACAUAAAUCUACUCUAUCAGAUGAAAUCCCAUUUACAACAUGAUAAUCUUAACAGUUUUGUUGGAAUAACUAUUGAUAAGGCAUCCCAUAUGUAUAUUAUUUGGAAUCAAUGUUUCAGAGGUAGCUUGCAUGAUCACAUAUUCACAAAAGAACGACAACGUGGAACUGCCACAAGAUUUGAAGGAUUAUUUUUGAGAGAUAUUUUAAAAGGAUUAGAAUAUAUUCAUGCAAGUGCUAUCGAUUUUCAUGGUAAUCUGACUUUACAUAAUUGUAUGCUCGAUUCUCAUUGGAUUGUCAAAUUGAGUGGUUUUGGUGUUAACCGUCUUCUUGUUAAAUGGAAAACAAGCGGCCAAAUAUUCACAGAAGAUCACACUCCAGUCAUCAAGUCAGAAGAACUGCAUUAUUUUGAUCCUGCUAUGAAAAAAAUAUGGAAAAAUUAUGCGGAUCGGAAUGAAAGAGCCUUGAUUACUCCACAAUUUGGUAAAAAGUGCGACAUGUAUUCAUUUGGUGUCAUUUUACAUGAGAUUAUUUUGAAAAAGAAGUUUGUAGAGCAACUUUUUGAUUCUCCGAGAGAAGAAGAUGACAGUGUACUGAUUGAUGAUGAAAACGAUGCAAUUGCUAGCAGAUUUCCGCUUCCAAUUAUAAUUCCAGAAGGCAUUGAAAUGCACAAUGACCUUAUUAAAAUGCUUGAAAAUUGCUUUGGCUCCGUUCGUCCUGAUAUUGCAUUAGCAAGAAAAAUCAUCGAUACGGUUCUUAAAAUGUCAGGAUCACUUGUUGAUUUGAUGAUUAAGAAUCUGACAGCAUACACUCAAGGAUUGAAUGAAACUGUGAAGAAUAGAACGGCAGAAUUGGAAAAAGAACAGGAAAAAGGAGAUCAACUUCUGAUGGAACUUCUUCCAAAAUCUGUGGCUAAUGAUUUGAAAAAUGGAAUAGCAGUUGAUCCAAAAGUUUAUGAAAAUGCAACGAUUCUUUAUUCGGAUAUUGUUGGAUUUACUUCUUUGUGUUCACAAAGCCAACCAAUGGAAGUCGUUACUUUAUUAUCUGGAAUGUAUCAAAGAUUUGAUUUAAUUAUCAGUCAGCAAGGAGGAUAUAAGAUGGAAACAAUUGGAGAUGCAUAUUGUGUAGCUGCUGGUUUACCGGUGGUAAUGGAAAAGGAUCAUGUGAAGAGCAUUUGUAUGAUUGCUUUACUUCAAAGAGAUUGCCUCCAUCACUUUGAGAUUCCCCACCGUCCCGGUACAUUUUUGAAUUGUCGAUGGGGCUUCAACUCUGGGCCAGUGUUUGCUGGUGUUAUUGGGCAAAAGGCUCCAAGAUAUGCUUGUUUCGGAGAAGCUGUUAUAUUAGCUUCAAAAAUGGAAAGCUCUGGAGUGGAGGAUAGAAUUCAAAUGACAUUGGCAAGCCAACAAUUGCUAGAAGAAAAUUUUCCUCAAUUUGUGUGUAGUAACAGAGGAGGCCGUACUAUUGAAGGAAUUGGUCGUAUUUUAACGUAUUGGCUGGAAGGAGUAAAUGCAGGAGAACAAGUUAAAGUUGUUGAAUUCCAAAAUGAUUUGAACGACGAACUUUCAAGAAUAAUGAAAAAAGAUGGAGAGCUUUUAGCUGCAGCAACAGCAUUAAAACCAAAAGACAAAAUGACGUUGGCGAAAGAAAAAGUGAUAGCUGAACGAAAAAAUGAAGAAGAACGACUCCAACGACAGCAGACAUUACAGGAAGCAUUGGAAGAACAUGAAGAAGAGAUAGAAAUGAAUGAAGUACUGGUGGAUGAGGAUGAAGGUGAAGGAAAACCAAAAGAAGUUGAUCUGACAAGUAUUGUAAGUACCCAAAUGGAAGAGCUAGAAGAUGAACCAGCAGGUCGAACAAUUGGACAUGGAAGGCUUGAUAGUCAAGCUUCAACUAUUCCAGAUAACUAGAAUGCUUGAAAUUAAGAGAGCUCAAAGAAUUGGAUCGUUGUAUUGCUAUGUCAUUUUUCAAAUGUUUUUGUUUCUCCACCCGCUUCCCGAAAAUUAAAACUCUCUUUUGGACAUUGGUUUUCCUCAUUUGAAAUUCAGUUUUUAUUGACUGAAAAACAAUCACGGAGUUAACUGUUUUCCUGUUUUGAAAAUUGAUAAGUGACACAAUAGAACAUUUCGACCCAGAACUACAUAUUUAAAAUUGAUUAUUUUGAUCUCCAAUUUUAAAUUAAAGAGAUUUUCACGUCACAGUAAGUUUAUAACUCGAAAAUGUUUUUUUAAUCUCAAAUUAUCUUCAUUAAAAAAUUCACCACUUCAAAAAAAACAUCAAAAAAUAAAACAUUAUUCCUUAUUCCACUGCACCCAAGAACUUUCAAAAAUUCCGUAAUCAAAGAAGCCUUUUUUAAUAUUUUUAUCUUGUACAUGCCUUAAUGUUUCUCUUUUUUGCCCUCCCCACAUUUCUCUCAGUCUUGCUUGUUUUUGGUGCUGUUCUUUGGACUUUUUUUCCAAUUAUGCUUUAUUUUUUCUCAA